AUGACAUCAACCCACACAGACUCCUCAUCCGCCCAAUCCACCCCACCCUCCCCAGCAACAACAAUGUCAACCCAUGACAACCCCGCAGUCGACGACAACUCCCUCGACGACAUCUUCGGCUCCUCCCCGCCGCACGAAAGCACCCUCAACGCACCCCUCCCAUCAACAACAAAUCCACUCACCCAAUCCACCGAACCCUCCGACCUCCCCAGCCUCCGCCGCCAACACGUGACCGCAGGCUACCGCGACGGCACAUCCGCCUCAAAGGGCGCACACGUGCAAGUAGGCUUCGACGGAGGUUUCCCCGUCGGCGCGCAGCUGGGUAUGCGUGCUGGUACUGUACUGGGCAUUAUGGAGGGACUGCUACGCGGGUUCGAGGAGCGGAGUGGACCGGGUGUUGUGAGGAAGCCGGUUGUGCGGGCGGGGCUUUCUGCUUCUGCUGGGUCUACAGGGUUAGAUGACGGAAAUGCUGAGAUUGGGGAAUUGCGGCGGCAGAAGAGGGAGCAAAUCCGGACGCUGUAUGAAGCUGCGCUUAAGGAGCUGGAUGUGCAGGCUGUUUUUGCUGGGGCUGAUGGUGGCGCGGCGGAGGUUGCGCCCAGGGCUGAGGAUGGGGAAGAGGAACGGGCGGAGAUACAGCUUGGGCGGAAGGGGGAUGUUGUUAUUGCGAAGUGGGAGGGAAGGGUUGAUGUUCCAAGCUGGGAGGAGAAUAUGGAGGCUUUGGAGAUGAAGGAGAAGGAGAAGAACGAGGAGGAGGAGGCCAAGGCCAAAGCCGAGGGCAAGGGAGAGGGCCAGGCUGUGGAGCACAGUUGA